AUGAAUUAAUAAUUCUUGGUUGUGGAGGCUAGUCUAAUCGAUCGUUUAUUUGAUAAGGCUGAAAUUUUGAGUAGAGGUAACGAUUUGAUUCAUGGAAUAAGUUCUAUCAUAUACAGAAUGACAACAAAUAAAAAAAAUAAAUGGCUUAAACUUUUUGAUAAAGGAGGCAAUUAUGCAUUGCAAAUAUAUGAGAACAUUAACCGGCAAGUUUUUGAGACUAAAGUGCUUCAAUUAUAAAAGGCCAUGACUCUCCAUUUGAAUCCUUAUUCAACUAGAAUUAUUUUAAUUGCAAAGGAACAGCUAAAUUACACAAAAUUUAAUCUGCACGUUGUCUACGAACUUCAACACGUGGAUCUGGACUCGAAGAGCAUUAAAGAAUAAAGAGAAGGCCUGAACUAAAAGGAAGCAGUAGCCUUAUUGAGUCUUUUAUGUCAAAAUUACGUUUUGGGUGCUUAAUAUACUAAUGAAUUCUUAGAUAUAAGUCCAUAAAAUAUUUUUAGAAAUGGAAAUUCUUAUAUCGUUUCUAAUUUCGGAAUCAAUUUUGCUGGAACCAAAUUUGAUAGAAUUUAUUUGCCUAAAACUGAUCCGAUAUACCAAGAGAAGGUGCCAUCCUAAAAAAAUAUUUUGUAUUCGUAUGCCUUUAGAGCAGCCUUAGUGACUUUAUGCCAGAUGACCUAGAUAGAUCCUCUGGAUUUAUUUUAUUUAGAUGGAUAAUUUAAAUCGGAAUUAUUAGACAAUUUAUUGUAUCUUAUAACAAAAAAGGAAGACAAUGAUAAAAAGAAAGACAAAAGAUUUAUUAGAUCAAUUGAUAAAUUUUUUAAUGAGAAAUUAAUUCACACAAAAGGACAAGAUUAUAAUGAAUAAUUAAAGAAAAACUUUGGAAAGUCUUUCGAAUAUGAAAGAUCUGAUAGAAUUCUCAAGUACAAAUACAAUAAAGAAUUCAUCGACAUUUUCAAGAAACUACUUAAUGUUACACACAUAUAAUCUAGAGCAAUUUUUCCGCUUUUGGUCUCACAACCUGAUAAUAGAUUAGGUGUCUAAAAUUCCUAUGAUGAACAAUUUUAUUAUUUAAACAACUAUAUGAAUGGUACAUUUGACAAUAAAGUGUUGGAUGGAUGUGGAAUUGUAUCAUCUGAUCAAGAGGGGUAAGGUAAAAAUAAAGGAAGGAUUACUCAAAAAUGCGGAUAGUUUUCGAAAGGAAAAGAGUUUGGGGAAUAUAACAUAAUCAACAUACACAAGAAAUUCGAAUGCACAUUGUACAAUUUGUAAUGUGGCUUAACAUUUCGUUAUGUCAAUUGGGAAAUGCUAUAUUUGGUUGAGGAUGUCGUAGCCCCCAUAAAUCCAAUAGAUAAGUCACCAAAGGAAUCAAUUUAUAUUUUCUAAGGAACAAUUGAGAAUGGAAAUUUGAAGGAAGGACUCUCACAUUAAUUAGAUAACACAAUAUUCAAGGGAAAAUUUCAAAAUAAUUAACCAUAUGAGGGCAAAAUGAAUUAUCAAAACUAAAACAAUGAUGUCUUUGAAGGGAUUAUGGAGGGCUUCAAUAGAAAGAAUGGAUUAUUUACAACUAAAGAUUUUACUUUUGAAGGGCAAUUUCAGAAUGAUUAAUUUUUAAAUGGUUUGUUAGAAGAUAAGGAUGGGGGAAAGUUUUAUGGGCAUUUUAACAACGGAUUAAAAGUUAAAUCUGGAAUCUAUUAUUAUCCAUAGUCCUCAAUUUAAUAUUAGGGAUUGUAUGCUAAUGAUAAACGACAUGGUUUAGGAAAGUUUAUUGAUAAAUCUUAAGAAAAUUGUAUCCAAGAAGUUAUAUACAACAAUGGGAAAUGUGAAUCCAAGCUCAAUGAACAUUUUUCAAAAGCCUUGAAAGAAAGGAAAACAACAAAGUUAAAAACAAUAGGAUGA